AUGGAUAUAGGGGCUCCAAAGACUAUUAGUAAAGUCUCUGUGAAAGGAAAAAAGGAUUUUGUCCGGGCUAGGUUGCACAAAGCUCGGUCUACAGGCGCUGUUGAUGGAGCUUCUUCGUCAGUCAGCUUGUUCGAAAUUCUGCCACGAGAAGAAAUCCCUGUGUUUAGCGCUGAUGAUGAUCGGCAUCAAGGAGCGCCUUCAGAUUUUCUUUUCUCCGCCAAGGUGCAAUCGGAGAUGGAUGCUGAUUUUCAACAGUGUGGUCAUGGAGUUGCGCAUGGAGAGCCAAGUGAAAUCACGUCUGGCUGUGGCUUGUCUCAAUCGGUGGGUAGAGGUGGCUUGGAGAUGGUUCAGGAUGUGGAUGUGAAUGUCUGCAAGGAUAGGAGAGGCAGCUCGGCUUGUGAUGAAGGUGCUAAGAACAGGGCAGAUGAGGGGAUGGAAGAUGCAGGUUGGAUGGAGCUUGAGGGUGGAGGCGAGGUGUUAAUUUGGAAUUGCAGAGGGGCUUUGAAGCCCAAUUUUCAAGAUCAUAUUAGAGAAUUUUUUCGCAGUCACAAUCCAGCGAUUCUAGUUGUGAUGGAGACUCACAUUGGUGGGAUGAGAGCUAGGGAGAUAACCGAUAGGCUUCCGUUUGAGAAUGCUAUCCAUACGGACACUAUUGGUCUUGCUGGGGGCUUGUGGAUGUUGUGGAAUUCGGAAAGGGUGGAUGUCACUCACUUGGCAAGUACAGAGCAAGAGAUUCAUGCUAUUGUAAAGGUUAUUGCGGGAGAUUUCAAUGAGCCGCUUACUGGGGAGGAUAAGUUUGGUGGUAGGCCAGCGUGGCAUCCAAAUGCUUCGUUGUUGGAGGCAGUAAAGGUUUUCAUUGAAGAUGCAGCUAAGUGGAAUAGAUUGAACUUUGGAAAUAUUUUUGAUAAAAAGAAAAGCAUUAUGUCUAGGUUAAAUGGCAUCCAGAAGGUUGUGUCGGUUAGGCCUUCAAAUUUUCUCCUUAACUUAGAGAGUGAAUUGCAAAGGAAGCUUGAAGUGGUGCUUACGCAAGAGGAGGAAUUUUGGGCCUUGAAGUCUCGAGUGAAUUGGAUGAUUCAGGGAGAUCGAAAUACAGCUUUUUAUCAUGUUUCGACCCUGGUGAGAAGGAAAAGAAAUCAGAUACUAGCCAUAAAAGACCUUACUGGGGAAUGGAUUCAUGAGGAGAUGGGAGUUAGGGAGUUUAUCAGAAGGGGUUUUGAGGGAGUGUAUACCUCAUCGCAUUUGAGUAGCUCUCGGAUUAACCCUCUAGUUUCUCAUUGGCAAGCCAAGUUAUCAGAGGAGGAGAAGAUGAGUAUUAGUGGGGCUGCUUCGGAGGAGGAGAUUAAAUCGGCCCUUUGGUCGCUCAAGCCUUUCAAAGCUCCUGGUCCAGAUGGCCUCCAUGCCGGCUUCUUCCAAAGAUUUUGGCUGGUUGUGGGUAAAUCGGUUUUGGAGGAAGUUGGGAGAAUCUUUUCGAAAAGGAAAAUUCCGGAUUUCUUGAAUAGGACCCACAUUACCCUCAUCCCUAAGAUUCAAGGUCCUGAAACGUUGGCUUUCGUUUCGGGAAGGAAAAGUGUUGACAAUGUUAUCAUUGUUCAAGAGAUCAUCCAUUCUCUUAGCAAAAAGAGAGGUAAUGUGGGGUAUAUGGCUUUGAAGAUUGAUUUGGAAAAGGCUUAUGAUAAACUUGAAUGGAGUUUCAUUAGAGAUAUGAUGAUUAGAGCUAAUUUCGCAGAGGAUCUAGUGGAGCUGAUUAUGAGCUGUGUAUCUACUGUUUCAACAGAAAUAAUGGUCAAUGGGGAAGCUUUGGAGCCAAUAUACCCGUCAAGGGGGAUUAGGCAAGGCGACCCUCUUUCUCCGUACCUUUUCAUCCUUUGUAUGGAGUUUCUUGGUCAACUCAUUCAAGAAAAAUGCCAUGCCAAGCUUUGGCAGCCGGUUAAGGUGUCCCAAAGUGGCCCGGCCUUUUCUCACAUGUUCUUUGCGGAUGACUUAGUUCUUUUUGCUAGAGCUGAUGCAAUCAAUUGCUCCACAAUUAGAGAUGUGUUGGAUUCUUUUUGCAAGAUCUCGAGUCAAAUUGUGAGUGAAGCCAAAUCUAGAGUAUUUUUCUCGCCAAACGUGGGUAGGGAUAGCAGGGAAUCUUUUUGUGAUAUUCUUGGGUUCCACUCUACUCCAUCCCUUGGGAAAUAUCUUGGUUUUCCAAUUAGACACACGGGAUCUUCUUCUCAAGACUUCAAUUACAUUCUUGAUAGGUUGUCGGCUAGAGUUCUUGAUGGUAUUGAUCGGGUAAACCGGAAUUUUCUUUGGGGUCCAUCAGAAGCCGCUAAGAAAGUCCAUUGGGUUGGCUGGCAUAAAGUUGUUAUUGCCAAGGAGGAAGAGGGUCUUGGGCUGCAGGCUUCAAAAGGUAGAAACAAGGCCCUUCUUGCCAAGUUAAAUUGGCAUUUUCACACGGAAAAGGAUGCUUUGUGGUCCCAAGUGUUAAGGCAGAAAUAUUGCAGCAGUAGAAGAGUGAAUGCUCGAAAUGGGAAUAGGCUUCCAAGCUCUCCGAUUUGGAGAGCGAUGAGGAGAGGAAUGGGCACUUUUGAGAAAGGUGCUAUGUGGACGAUUGGGAGAGAUAGCAAUCUAAACUUUUGGUUGGAUUGCUGGAUGGUUCAAGGGCCUUUGCGUAAACUGAUUCAAGGUUCUUUAACCCAAGAGGCCAGUCAUCUUAGAGUGAGAGACGUGUUGACAGAUGCAAGGUGGCAAUGGGGGCUGAUUCCUUUUAAGCUUCCCUAUGACUUGAAGGCUUUGAUCCAGGCUGUUCCGUUUUCAACUAUGACUAGGGGAAGUGAUAAGUUGGCUUGGGCAAGCAACCCGAGGGGUUCUUUUGAUCUAAAGAGUGCUUACUCUAUGUCUUUGGCGGAUGAUAAUAAUCCUUGGCUCAAAUUGGGGUGGGUUUGGAAGCUAGAAACUCUCCCUAGAAUCAAAUCUUUCAUAUGGCGUUGUGCCCAUAAUAGUAUAGGGGUGAAAGGGUGUUUGGUGAGAAGGGGUAUGGGGGAAGAUGAUAUUUGUCCCAUUUGUCGAGUGGAUUCCGAGUCUAUUCUGCAUGCUAUUAGGGACUGUGCAAGGGUUAAGGAUGUGUGGAUUCAGCUGGGCGUUGGGUGGCAAAACCGAGAGUUUUGGAAUGAAGAUAUGCAGGAUUGCUAUAAUCCAAGACUUGCUGCUUGCAUUCGUGAUCAAGCCUUUGAGUUUCUGUAUUAUGCUGUUCCGCCUAGACAAGUUGUGUGCAAUGUGAUUAAGAGGAUUCGUUGGGAGAGGCCUCCAAUUGGUUGGAAGAAACUUAACACUGAUGGCUCUAGUUUGGGAAGCAAUGGUCAAGCUGGUUGUGGUGGCACCGUGAGAGAUGAGCAUGGGAGGUGGCUAGCUGGUUUCUCUAAGUUUAUCGGUUCAGCAAGCGCCUUUGUAGCUGAAAUGUGGGGUCUUAGAGAUGGUUUAGUGCUGUGCAGCAACCUUAAUAUCCAAUGCCUUUUAGUUGAAGUUGAUUCCAGUGCUCUUGUUCUUGCCUUGCUUAAUCCCAAGUAUGAUAACUUGGUAGUUUCUCCUUUAUUGGAUGAUUGCAGACAUCUUUUGAGCUGUUUCCUUCAGGUUUAG